AUGGUACCUCUCGUGUCACUCGGCCUGGCUGGAGCAGAAGCAGCAAAUGAUGCUCCCCGACGUUCUGGCCGCCCUAAUGCAGGAACUGGAGGUAGGAACGCCCAGCUGGAGAAAAUUGGAUUAGCGCUACAAUCUAAGCCUCGAGCUCACGAACACAAGGGUAGGACGUCCCUUGGUCCCAAUGUUCCAGUCAAUCCCCAAGCCCCAGAGCCACGUUGUAAAGGUCGAAAGAAAGAUUCUAAGGCAGUUCCUCCACCGUAUAGCUCGCUCGUCAGUGAUGCUCCAGAUGCCUCAGCCAUGGAUAUUGCAGAGCCCAGCUUGACAUUACUACAACCUGGCAGACGGUUUGGAUUUGCUGCUUCAAACACCACAGACUUUGUUCAUCCCGGUACUGCUAAGCCCGAUCUUCAGGUGUCGGAAAACCCAUAUGUCACCGUUGGGAUGAAGGUCGCUGAGCAGCGAGCUAGGGACGCUAUUGCUGAGCAACGAGCUAGGGACGCUAUUGCUGAGCAACGAGCUAGGGACGCUAUUGCUGAGCAACGAGCAAGGGACGCUAUUGCAGAGAAGCGAGCUAGGGAUGCUAUCGAUGAGCAGCGAGCUCGGGAUGCUAUUGAUGAGAAACGAGUUCGGGACGCUAUCGCUGAGAAACAAGCUCGGGACGCUAUCGCUGAGCAGCGAGCGCAGCAUACCCAGAGGUCCGUCUUUUUGGAGCACAACUUAGACCCAGCUCUGCGCCAGGAGGAUGACACUGUUAGGGCUCAAUGUCAUCUGAGGCUGCUAGGAUCUGAGGAGGACAGCGACUCCAAAGGCAGCAGCAGCAACGACAGCGAUGACAGUGACGACAGCGACAACAAAGAUCCCGACGGAGAGGCUGACGGAGAGGAUGAUGAAGAGGGGGAGAAUAAUGACACUGUCAAGAGCUCGCAGGAGUUUGGUUGGGGGGAGGCCGGCCGGCGCCAGAAAGAACAUCCAGGAUUUUCAAAGGAUGCACUACCUUCGCAACCUCCAGUCGCUCGUCCACUCACACCUGAAUUUGAAUUCCAGUAUUCACGUGAUGAAGAUGAUGAUGUUGCCCUGACGAGCCUUGAUAAAACCUCCCGGAACGAAAGCUCUCAGGGCCCUCAGGACAUCUCACCAGGCCUACAGCGGCAACAGUCCCAACACAUUGAGACCAUUACCUUGAAGCCCGAGGAUGUAUUGCAGUGCCACCAUGAGAAAAACAGAAAGCCCCGUCUUCCUGACCCUGACUCCCUCAAGCUGCUAAAUCAAGAAACCGAGUCUAGCGUUCAGCCAUCAAGAGCCAAAAGGUCCAAGGCAUCAGGAACGGUGAACAAUUUGAAGCUGGGGUUUGGCCUGAGCAAAAAAUUAAUAUGUCUCGGUUGGUUUGGGGUGGACGAAAUGGGGAAAACGCGAAAUUUUGCCCAUCCCGCCCUUCAUGAGGUUGCCAUCGCAUUCUUUUACACAGGGCCAUAUCGAAUCGCGCAAAGGAUGCCAGAGAUCUUCCGUACGGAAUUGCCACUCUCGUGUUUGGCUUUGGUUGCCGCAGUGUUCAAUUGCGUCCUCGACGGUCUUGCGAAAAACGGACAUGGAAAAUCAUACCCGAAUUUUUCAAGCAAGGACUACAGCCCUAUUUACAAUCGGAUGCUCGUAUUUCUCAAAGAUAUCCUUGGAGACGCGUAUCAUGGUCCGAGGCUGGCCGUGGCAUUGAAUCUCGAAGGAGUUGUUGAGGCGAAGCACGACCACCUGCAAAUUCUUCUCGACUAG